UGGGGAGUUCCCUACGAGAUUGGCACAUAUUUCUCAUCAUCUUCUUCAUCUUCUUCAUCUUCAUCUUCUUCAUCUUCUUCAUCUUCUUCAUCUUCUCCAUUUUGCUCAUUCGUAUCUGUGUUACAAGCCAUCCGUCCCCGGCACUAUCUUCUGAAAAUACAUACCCAAUCAAGCACAUCAUGGCUCCCACCAACCCCGCGAUCCUUAUCAUUCCUGGUGGCUGGCACGUCCCGGCCUCCUACAGCAAGCUUACGGACCUCUUGAAAUCUUCGGGGUACGACGUCCAUGUUCCCGCCCUCCCUUCCAUGAAUGGUGUCCGACCCCCAACCGCCGAUCUGGAAGCCGAUACUGGUCUGUUCCGCGAAUACACUCUGAAUCUAGCGAAUGCUGGCCGAAGUAUCAUUGUUAUUGUCCAUUCCUACAGUGGACAGGUUGCAACCAAUGGCCUCGCUGGCCUGGGGGCUGAUACUCGUGCCCAGCAGGGUCUCUCAGGCGGAGUAGUCCAUAUUCUCUCUCUGUGUGCCUUUUUACUUCGAGAGGGCCUCGGCAUGGUUGAUGUGGUGAAACAUUUUGAUCAAGAGGACUUGAUACCUCUGGCGUACGACUUUGACGAGGACCAGACAGUCUUGGACCGCUAUCCGGAGCUCCGCUUCAUUAAUCCGGAUUCCAAUGACAGCAAGGAAGAGGUGGAAAAGUACUUGGGUACUCUCAAGAGGUGGAACGGCAAGUGCAUGUACCAGACUCUAACUACAGAGCGGGCUGCCUGGAGAGACAUCCCAAUAACCUAUGUCUAUACCCUUCGUGAUGUGACGAUUCCCACGGAGUAUCAGAAAUGGAUGGUGGAGACUAUGCAGAAGGAAGGCGCGAAGAUUGAGACUGUUGAGCUGAACUCGGGCCAUUCGCCUGUUUUCAGUAAGCCGAAGGAGGUGGCUGAGAUUGUGGACACUCUUGUCGCUCGCUACAGUAAAGAGUGAUGUGGCAGAUGGGGAAACUCCUGUAGCGAGUUAUUUUCUGUACCCAGGCAGUAAAUCGUCUUAUGAAUUAUCAGAAUAACCUAUGAGAAUGGCAUUUCAACGCCUUGGCAAUUUGAACCACGG